GCGCCAGAGGCGGUGUCAGGGGAGGUGGCGACUCCAGAGAUGGCAGUGAGCGAGAGGAGGGGGCUCGCCCGCCGGAGCCCCGCGGAGUGGAGGCAGCCGCUACUCCUGCUCUUGCUCUUGGGCGGCUGCUCUGGGCGCAUCCACCGGCUGGCGCUGACGGGGGAGAAGCGAGCAGACAUCCCGCUGAACAGCUUCGGCUUCUACGCCAAUGGCUCCCUGGAGGUGGACCUGAGCCUCUUGCGGCUGGGCCUCCAGGAGACAGAAGAGAAGGACCCGCUGGUGGGGUUCAGUCUGACUCGGGUUCGAUCUGGAAGCAUUCGACCCUACUCAACCCGGAACCCCCAUGACUGUCCUCUCCAGAAAAACAGCAGCAACCUCCUAGUUCUCUUCCUCAUCAACACCAAGGAUCUGCGGGUACAGGUGCGGAAGUAUGGGGAGCAGAAGAAGCUGUUCAUCUCUCCUGGGCUCCUACCCGAAGUGCCCUCCGAACCAGUCACCCCCAAAGUGGACAGCGGGACCACCGCUGUGCUUGACAAGACCAAGUCAAAACCCACAGUGUCUCAGGGGGACCAACAGGGCCUCAGUGGGAAGGACAAGGAACUGGUCCUGGGUCUCGGGCAUCUCAACAAUUCCUACAACUUCAGUUUCCACGUGGUCAUCGGCUCUCGGGCUGAGGAGGGCCAGUACAACCUCAACUUCCACAACUGCUACAACUCAAAGCCGGGCCGGGAGCAGCCCUUCGACAUCACGGUCAUGAUCCGGGAGAAGAACCCCGAGGGCUUCCUGUCAGCGGCGGAAAUCCCCCUCUUCAAGCUGUACAUGGUCAUGUCUGCCUUCUUCUUGGCCGCUGGCAUCUUCUGGGUGUCCGUCCUCUGCAAGAACACGUACAACGUCUUCAAGAUCCACUGGCUUAUGGCAGCCCUGGCUUUCACCAAGAGCAUCUCCCUUCUCUUCCGCAGUAUCAACUACUACUUCAUCAACAGCCAGGGCCACCCCAUUGAAGGCCUCGCUGUCAUGCACUACAUCACGCACCUGCUAAAGGGCGCCCUCCUCUUCAUCACCAUCGCCUUGAUCGGCUCUGGCUGGGCCUUUGUCAAGUACGUCCUGUCAGACAAGGAGAAGAAGAUCUUUGGGAUCGUGAUUCCACUGCAGGUGCCUCUGGGGCCCUGGGGUGGGCGGGCACACAUGCUCUCUUGGGGCACACCCACCCACCCACCCCACACUGCCCCCUGCCCACCUCUCCCCGCCCUGCAGGUCCUGGCCAACGUGGCCUACAUUGUCAUCGAGUCCCGCGAGGAGGGUGCCAGUGACUACAUGCUCUGGAAGGAGAUCCUCUUCCUGGUGGAUCUCAUCUGCUGUGGUGCCAUCCUCUUCCCUGUGGUCUGGUCCAUCCGGCAUCUCCAGGACGCAUCCGGCACAGAUGGAAAGGCAGUGGCAGUGAACCUGGCCAAGCUGAAGCUGUUUCGCCAUUACUACAUCAUGGUACGAGCCCUCUUCUCACUGAAGUCAUCUGCUACGUGUACUUCACGCGGGUCAUCGCCAUCCUGCUGCAGGUGGCUGUGCCGUUCCAGUGGCAGUGGCUGUACCAGCUCUUGGUGGAGGGGUCCACCCUGGCCUUCUUCGUGCUCACCGGCUACAAGUUCCAGCCGGCAGGCGACAACCCGUACCUGCAGCUGCCCCAGGAGGACGAGGAGGACACGCAGAUGGAGCAGAUAAUGACGGAUUCUGGGUUCCAGGAAGGCCUAUCCAAAGUCAACAAGACAGCCCGAGGCCGGGAGCUUCUGUGAUCAUCCCCCAGUGUCUGGAACUGUCCUCCUUCCCCCACCUCCCGCCUCCACCCUCCGCACACAUUCCUCACCCUCCAGCUCUGCUCCCAAAGCACGUGUGGGGGGGGAGAAGGGCGGUGCGGUGGUACAGCCCCCUGCUCUCUGGGACUGGAGGCCCAGGAGCCCAUUCAGAAGAGAGCUCCCUUGUCUCCUCUCCCCCCACCCCGGGGUAGCCCUGUCCCUGCCCCAGAGCCACCCACCGCUCACAACUGUGCAAUAAUGACCGAUCUGUUUUGCUA